GUUAUUAAGUAGCAUCUCUAAACUACAUUGAUUAUUUCCUUCUUACUUUAAAGGUGCAGUGUGUACAUUUUAGCGGCAUCUAGUGGUGAGGUUGCGGAUUGCAACCAACGGCUCAGUCCACUGCUCACCUCUUGCUUUUGAAACACAUAGAGAAGCUACGGUAGCUGCCACCGGACAAACAUGUCAUUGUUGGAGACAACUUAGUAAAAAAGUUUGUCCGUUAAGGGCUUCUGUAGAAACAUGGCGACUUCCAUGUAAGGGAACCCUCUGUGUAUGUAGAUAAAAACGUCUCAUUCUAAGGUAAUAAACACAUAACGGUUUAUUAUGAAAGGUUUUUAUACACCCCUGAUAAUAUAGUUUUGUAUAUUAUUUUGCAUUUCUGUCAAGAGAUCCUUUUAAAAAAUACACACUGCACCUUUAAGGAGUCCUUGCAAAAAUCUUUGCAAAUAUAGCAGUACAGAAAGGUUGCUGCAUGUUCAGGAUAUGUUUUUUAUUUUAUUUUUUUAGCAUGUUGGAAUGCUGUACUUGUCACCGAACAAGUUUAAUUGUUUAAAAGGGUUUUGCAUUCUUCAUACCACAAACGUGUUUCCAGUUAGCCACUUUACCAUGUUACUGUAAAAAGACAGUAGACUCAGUUUUUUUGGACUGUAACUUGUAAUUACAAGUAUCUUAAAAAAACUUAGUGCUAUACACCAAAAAAGCAAGUGUAGAUGGUUUUAUGCCAUGUCUGUCUAUCUAACACUAAAGAAUGUCUGUAAAACGUCUCUGAAUGCUGAUGACUUUAAAAAUGAAAAAAAAGCAUUCAAGGAAAUUGUUGCAAUGAACUAAUAAUGAUUAUAUAAAUUGCUUGGAAUGCAAAAUACAACUUACAUAAAUGUGUGAAAAUAUAAAUUAUAGAUGCUAAAACUGUCAAAUGAGUUUAUAAACUGUUAAAUAACAUUUGCAACACAUCAAGAUUAAAAAUAUUUACACAGCUAAUCUUGUGAUAAACCAUCAGCCGUGUAGUAUUCUGCCAAAUUCUCAAGAAAGGAAAGAAAAUAACAGCAUUCAUUUUUAAAUGGUGCCGAUCGCGAGAUAUAAGUAACACUGAGCAGUUCAAAGCAUUAGGAGCGGACAUUAGAGCUUUUUAAGGAAGAAAACAUUUUCCAAAUGCUUUUAAGUCCCAUGUAGCACAAGAUCAGAUAAUGGAAGAGACAUUUCAUUGGCCGUGAAAUACGUCUUAAGCGUGGUAGCUACCACUCCCACAAUCCCAUGUGAGAUCCAAGAAUUGCGUUUUGAGGUACGUGUCUUUCAUAUAUAAUUUGACAGAGGAUUUUUACACAGGAUCCCUCUUUUCCUGUGACCAGAACAAACCACUCCCAGCGCUUGAGGUUUUUCUGGUCUUGGCACUGUCUGAGUCAUAAUAAUACGUUAUAAAGAGUUCAACUUAUGUCUUCCAGGACUGAUCAUUCAGAAGCUACUGUGGUCUGGAGAGGAAAGAUGCAGGUUUUGCUCUACCUAGUUUCUGUCUUUGGUCUUUUUGGACAGUAUCGUCUGACACCUUUACCACAUCCAGAUGAUGAAUCGGUUCUUCCAACAAAACCUGAUCAGAAUGACCUGUCAUUGGCUACUAAGUACCUGGAGCAAUUUUACAGUUUCAAAGCCGAUCCCAUGGGCCGCAGGAGGCGGAGUCGCCCCUCGUUCUCAUCCAAACUGAAGGACAUGCAGAGCUUUUUUGGACUUAAUAGAACGGGAACCUUAAAUCCAGAGACUUUAGCUGUGAUCAGAACCCCGAGAUGCGGCGUCUCUGAUGUGGAGGACUACAGUCAUAGACGUGGAAACAGAUGGAAGAGAAACCUCAUCACUUAUGGUGUUGGGAGGUAUACCAGUCACUUACCUGUGAACACAGUGGACUCUCUGAUCGCGUCGGCUCUGGAUGUAUGGGCGAAGGCCAGUCCCCUUUCUUUCCUCAGAUCAUAUUCGCACCAGGCAGACAUCAUGGUGGAGUUUUUUAGAAACGACCAUGGCGACUCCUUUCCCUUUGAUGGUCCAGAAGGCACCCUUGCCCAUGCUUAUGGGCCAGGUGAGGGCAUCGGUGGGGAUGUUCACUUUGAUGAAGCUGAAGCAUGGACUGCAGGGCCUAAAGGGUUUAACUUGUAUAUAGUAGCUGCGCAUGAGUUUGGUCACGCACUGGGUUUGAAACACUCACAAAACCCAGAAUCGGUGAUGUACCCGACAUACAAACAACGAAAAACACAUAAUCUGCUUUCCAGUGAGGAUAUUGUAAAUAUCAACACACUAUAUGGUCCAAGGAACAAAAGUCCCUCUCCAUCUUUAAGAUUCAACUGGAACAAUCCCAGUAAUCCCUGGUACAGUGGUUCUUUUUUCCCUGUAUCAUUGAAGGAAAUAUGUAAUCCGGACUUGACUUUUGAUGCUGUCACAACUGUAGGAGAAGCUCUGUUCUUUUUUAGAGACAAGUACUUGUGGAUAAAACACAAUAACCAAAAUGAUAUAAAAGAAGGUCCCAUCAGCAAUUUUAUGCCAAAUAUUGAUCGCCAGAUUGAUGCUGCUUAUUGGGUGCCACAGCGAGCAACAGCUUAUCUGUUCAACGGAACCAUUUUCUGGACUGUCAAAGGAUCGCAAGUAAAAGGCAGAGCCAGAAACAUCAAGAGUUUUGGGUUCCCAUCAUGGGUCCAGCAGAUAGAUGCAGCCGUCCACAUUCACAGAACUGCACACACUUUGUUUUUUACUCAACACUUGUACUGGAGGUAUAAUGAACACUUCAAGUCUAUGAAUGACUCAAGCCCACGUAACAUUUCUGAGGAUUUCCCAGGAAUAAAUGGACCAAUAAGUGCAGCAAUUUAUAAAGAUGGGUCGCUUCAUUUCUUUGUUGGCUCGGAUGUGUACAAAUAUGACAUCAAACAAAAGGAAAUUAUUGGGGCAGAAAAAACAACAUCUUGGUUUGGAUGUUAAUAGACAAUCAUUUGAAAAACCUUAUUUUGAAGGCCAGUGUGUCAUUGUUCUGUUAAAUUACAAAUGUUCUGUGCAGAGAACAUUCAACGAUUCUUCACUAAACUGAAUGCAAGCACCGUGGCUCUUUAAAAACAUCAGUCUGAUAUGAAGCAUCUGACUCAAAUGGCUUCUGGCUCGACCAAUGGCGUGAGUUCAGGGCAGGAAUCCAGCGACAGUGGAUGGGCGAGGCAGUGUUUUGGAAACCAGUCUCAAAACAAUCAUUGUUUUUGGAGGUCUGUUUGGUGCAACAAGCUUUUAAUGAAUAUGUAAUAAAAAUGUAAACCUGCAUGUCAUGUUUGCAUUUCACCAGAAAACUGAAUCUACUGUGUGUAAUGUCUUUGGAAUGUGGAUAUGCAAAUAUAAUAGGGUGUAGAUUAAAUUAUUUUUCAGAAGACAUGUGUGACUUUUGACAAUAUUGGAGUAAAAAAAUAGAUGGUUUUGUCCUUGACAUAUACAAGUAUGAAAUGUGUGCCUGGAACUUUCUUUGCCUCCUCAAAUGAAGUUUUAUGCAGCGUGUGGGAUUAUUGGUAUAACCAGCUGUCUAUGCAUCCCACUUAUGACAUGGCUACUUGCCACGUGAGUAAAUAAUUGGACACGAAACAUGGAUUUGAAAUAUUUUAUUUGCUCAUUUGUGACGCGCAAACCUUCCACGAGAAAAUUUUUUUCCCAUUAGCUUUAAGCCAAGACGUGAAGUUCAAAACAAAAAUAUGCACUAUAGAUACACUUAGCAAUAGAUGCUAACUGAAAAUAUAGAGAGAGUUUAAAAUUUAAAAAUGAUCACAUUUGCAAUGUGCAAAAGCAG